CACGUGACCUGUCAGAUGGCCUCCGAACACGCGGCGCACGUGUGCGACGUGUGCCUGGCGGAGUUCGGCAGGGAGGAGGACAGGGAUCGACACGUGGCUGAGACGCACGCGCGCCACGUGCCGCAGCAGCGCACGUGCGGCACGUGUGGCGCCUGCGUGAGAGGCACGCAGAACUACAUUCGCCAUCUGCGCGUGCACUACACUGAGUACAAGUUCGCUUGCAACUGGUGUCCCAACUUCAGGAGCAGGGACGCCGACACUAUGCAGGCGCACCUCGAGACCCACGAGCGCCGCUUUCUGCGCUGCGGCCUGUGCACGUUCCACACGCGCACGUUCCGCACGGCCACCGACCAUCUGCGCGUGCACCUGCAGCUGCCGCUGCACGUGUGCGCCACGUGCGGCUACCGCGCCUACUCGAGCAGCCGCUACUUCAACCACCUGGAUUCGCACGGAGGCCGCCGUCACCGCUGCAACAUCUGUAAUGCAGAGUUCACCAGCCUGCUGAGGAAGGCGCGCCACAAGACCCUGGUGCACCGGCGGCCGGCGGCGUUCACCUGCGAGCGGUGCGGCCUCGUGCUCUCCAGCACGUUCAGGCUGCGCCGCCACCAGGCCUCGCACACCGGCCACAAGCCGUUCCGCUGCCAGCUGUGCGGCAAGCGGCUCUCCAGCAGACAGUCGCUGCAGAACCACGCCCGCGUCUGCCCCGAGAACGACGAGCCGUUCCGCGCCGCCGCCGUCGUGGAGGUUGUGACCACGUGAGCGCGCGCGGCGACGCGCUGCGAGUCGGGCGGGGCGCGGUCGGACGCGCCCGGAUGUGGGGAGAGCAGCCGCAUGGCCGGCGUCCGGCUGACUUGUGUCGCACAGACGCGCGGGCGGUGCCGUCUCCUGCUGCGGCGCGUGGAGUGCGUAAUACAGGGCUGGCGGCGGUGGAGAUGAGACUGCGCGGAUGUUUGCGGAGGGCCGACGACCGCGCGCACGUUCCUGAUGCGGUUUAGAUCACGAAAACCAAAUCCCACUGCAUUCCCACGGCACGCGGAAAGAGCGCCAGUCGCUGUCACCGGUAGCCGAGCCAGAACCCAUGCAAACGGGUGGAUCGCUGCUAGGAAAUGCCUCCAAAUGUUAAGUUUGGGAGCCAGGUGUCAGUGCAUGAUUCAUAAGGCUCACUGCUUACCCACAAAUGGCACGCCUAGUCGCUAGCUGUCUCCAGUCUGGUUGGUUCAACGGAACCCACGAAUCUGAUGGUGGACUGUUCGCACGGGUGGACCGUGUGCUUGCCGGCCGGUUGUGUGGUUACGUUGGCGGAGGCACCGCGCCCAGGCUUUC